AACCUCACAAACACAACGCCGAGCCUUCACAUCUAAUUUUCCAAGAUUUUUAUUCCAGAAAAAUAUUGGUAGAUAGAAAUAUCGACGAUGGCUCCAACCAAGUCAAAAAAGCUGGUUUCUGACCAAAAGUCCAAGUCGAGAAUGGCUACCAAAGUACCGAUUCGCGAUAGUCCUUCGACACCACAGCGAAGCCCAAUCAAACGAAGAAAAAUUGGCAUUUCACUUCAGCAAAAACAAACUUUGAUCGAUAAUUUACAACUUGAGGUCACGGAACGCGCUCGACGACUGAGAGCUCAGUACCACGCCCACGCCCAAGGCAUUCGUUCGCGUAUCGAGAUGCGCAUAAAUAGAAUUCCAACAUCCCUGCGAAAGAUGACUAUGGGAGAACUCCUCAUGAAGUUUAUUCAACAAGAGCAACAGAAAGCAGCAAAUGUCGCGCCUCCACCAGUUCCAGCAAAGGACUAUCCAACGCGAACCCAGCCAAAGAAGACAGCACAAGCACAUCACCAGAAACGACUGAGCCAUGAGAUUUCUGGUGACAAGGAGAAUGCGAAUGAGAAUGGCGAGCACCUUAAGAAACGCGUUCGCGGAGCGCAGAUGGGCAGCGUUCGCCCUACACAGGUCCUAUCACCUACCUCCUCCAACUCACGCCUUGCUCAUCGCGAAACAUCGCCCAGAAAGGCUCCACUCAGUAGGCCAGGAUCACCGCUCAAGGGCAAUGGUCAAUCACGCUCAGCAACAGCUAUCAACGCCCUAACCAACAUGGUCGAGAAGGCCAAGGCUGCUCGGGCAGCAGGGUCGAGGAAAGCUACCACAACAUCUACGUCUCGACCAGCAACGGCAAUGAGCAACAAGACACGGCCAGUGACCACCUCGAGGAACCAACCAUCUCGUCCUCCAACUCGAGUUGGACGUCGCCUGAGUAACGCGAGCGACACCAGCCAAAGUAGCACGACAACCGUUGUGCGAAAGCCCACUGGCACGAAAGCGACGGCAUCGUCUGCCCGCAAAGCUAUUACCAGCAGUGUUAGAAAGGCUACCACCUCCACGAAGACUAGUGGUACUCUACAAACCAGUAGCAGUGGAAGGAUUUUACGCAAGCGAGCUUAAUAACGAUUUAGAAUCACAAUUAUGGCGUUUUAUUGAUUGUUGCAUACUGCACGACAAACAGGCAUGGGUUGCGCUGGGAU